AUGGGGAAAAGGCCGUUCAUUGAUCGUAAAACCGCAAAACAUUACCAUUUAGUACAUAGAUCUCAAAGAGAUCCUUUAAUCAAUGAUUCCGAUGUUUCCUCUAGAGUUUUAGUUGAAGUGAUCCCGCCUAAUUUAAAGGGAAAAGUCUUCAACACCGAUAAUAAUAAUAACAACCAACAAAAACAAAUUGAAAUUGAAAGUCGUGCUGGUCAAGCUGCAUUAUACGGGAUAUAUUAUGAUGAUACCAAAUAUGAUUAUUUACAACAUUUGAAAACAAUCGGUGAAAAUUCUGAUGGAAUUGAAUCAAUAUUCAUUGAGGCAUCAUCUAAAGAUAAAAAAAAUGUAAGAAAAGGUGGAAAUAUCGAAUUAGUUGAAAAUCAAGAUGAGGAAGAAACAAAAAAUAAAGAUACAUUAUUGGAAGAAAAGGAUCCAAAAAUUCCAAAAAAAGAUCGUAAAGUUACUAUAAUUUUACCUGAUGAGGUAUUGCCAUCAAAGUAUGAAAUGCCUAUUGGAUUAUUAAAUCAAACAGCAAUUCCUCAUGAUAUUCAAGGAUUUCAACCAGACAUGGAUCCAAAUCUUCGGGAAGUUUUGGAAGCUCUUGAAGAUGAUGCAUUUGUAGAUAAUGAGUUAAAUGACGAGUUUUUUCAAAAGCUGGAUGAAGAAAAGUUAUUUGAUUUUCAGGAAUUUGACAUCGAUGGGGAUGAUGAGGAGGAUGGUUUCGAAAGUGAAAAUGAAAAAGAAGGUUGGGAAUUGGAGUUUAAGAAGAAAUCAAGAACGACGGGAGGAUACUCAAUGACAAGUUCGAUAAUGUAUAGGAAUGAUAAACUUAGGUUAUUGGAUGAACAAUUUGAGAAAAUUGAAAAGGAUUAUAUGUCAGAAGAAACUUCUGAUUCAGAAACAUCAAUCAAGUCAUCACAAGUCCGUAAUGAUUUUUCAGAGAUUUUAGAUGAAUUUCUUGAUAAAUACGAAAUCAAAGGUAGAAAGAUGUUGACAAAACCUGAUGGUGAAACAAGCACAAAACAAUUAGAACUAAUAAGACAAGAAUUAAGUUUAAAUAAAAACAAUUCAAAAAAUAAUAUUCAAAGAAAAAAAGAUUUAUAUGUUAAAGUGCAGAGUGAGGGAAAACACAAAGAUAGACAAAUUUGGGAUUGUCAAUCGAUUUUAAGUACAUAUUCAAAUCUUGAAAAUCAUCCAAUCCUGAUACGCGAGCAGAAACAUCAUAAACGAAUAGAUAUUGAUCUAAAUCUUGGUUUGGCGAGGCCUAAAGGUGAAUCGAAAGAAGAAAAAAAAUCACGUAAAGAAAUGUUAAAGGAUUCGUAG